UCAGCUGACUAAACCUGGAGUGGAGUCAGCAGCUUUUUGGGUUCCUCUGGUUUCCUGCUGCUGACUGGGAGGAUUCAGUCCAAACUUUGCUAUUUCAGACACAUGUUGCAGCUUCUCUAAACGUGUGGCUGCAUAAAGAGUUCUUUGAGCGCAGAGCUGCAGUAUCUGUUCUAUCUCAAGGAUUCCUGCUCAGCUGCAGUCACGAGUUGCUCCCGACACACUCACUUCCUCCUUCACUGCAACAGACACGCUGGUGGACGCGCUCUCCGCCACCGACGCGCACGAUGGCUUCUCUGGAACGGCUGCAGCGGGGCUUAGAAAGCGCAGGGCAGCCCCACGUCCUGCAGUUCUGGCCGGAGCUGAGUGAGGAGCAGAGGGACGCUUUCCUCCAGGAGCUGGCUCAGCUGGACCUGCAGGGGCUCAGGGAGCACUGCGAGGCGGCCGCCAAGGCUGCAGCCUCCCCGCCGGCCUGCCUGGACCAGCACAUGGAGCCGCUGCCGCCGGACAGCAUCGGCAGCGUGAGGAAGAGCGACACAAAGAGUCUGUCAAGGUGGGAACAGGAAGGCCUGCUGCAAAUCUCAGAGAGUCGUGUUGGAGUCCUGCUCCUGGCUGGUGGACAGGGGACCCGUCUUGGUGUUCAGUAUCCUAAAGGGAUGUAUAAUGUUGGGCUGCCAAGUGGAAAAACCCUGUAUCAGAUCCAGGCAGAGCGUAUUCACAAAAUCCAGGAAAUUGCAGACAGCAAGCAUGGCUCUAAAUGCACUGUACCAUGGUACAUAAUGACCAGUGAGUUCACUCUGGCUCCCACUGAGAAGUUCUUUGAGGAGAACAACUACUUUGGUCUGCAGCCAUCAAACAUCAUUAUGUUUGAGCAGAGGAUGAUCCCAGCUGUGACCUUUGAUGGAAAGGUCAUCCUGCAGGGUAAAGGGAAGAUAGCUAUGGCUCCAGAUGGUAAUGGAGGUCUUUACCAGGCACUGGUGGACAAUGAAGUGCUGCAGGACAUGAAGAAAAGGGGAGUGGAGUACCUGCAUGUGUACUGUGUGGACAACAUCCUGGUCAAGAUGGCCGACCCCAUGUUUAUUGGCUUCUGUGUGAGCAAAGGGGCUGACUGCGGGGCCAAGGUGGUGGAGAAGGCGUAUCCUGCAGAGCCGGUGGGUGUGGUUUGCAGAGUGCGAGGGGUCUCCCAGGUGGUGGAGUACAGCGAAAUCAAGCCAGAGACGACUGAACUUAGGGGACCUGGUGAUGAAUUUGUCUACUCUGCUGGAAACAUCUGCAAUCACUUCUUUACCAGAACCUUCCUGCAGGACGUGACAGAGAAAUUUAAAGGCCAGCUGAAACAGCAUGUUGCCAUUAAGAAAGUACCGUUUGUGGACACGUGUGGCAACCAAGUCAAACCUACCAAACCCAAUGGUAUAAAGAUGGAGAAAUUUGUUUUUGAUGUAUUCCCAUUCUCAAGGAACUUCGUCGUGUUUGAGGUUGUGAGGGAGGAUGAGUUUUCCCCUCUGAAAAAUGCAGACGGAGCAGCCAAAGACAGUCCAACCACAGCCAGAAACUCUCUGCUGGCUCAACACUGCCGCUGGGCCACAUCUGCUGGAGGCACACUGCAAGAUGAACAUGACAAUACCUUUCUUCCAUCAGCCAGUAUAUCAGCAGAGGACAGUACUCCGGCACAAUUUGAGAUUUCACCACUGGUCUCAUACUUUGGAGAGGGUCUGGAGCACCUGCUGAAAGGGAAGACACUGACAACUCCCUUCAUUCUGGAUGAAAAAAGGGCCAAAGAGCUGCAGGCACAGUAGCAUCUUUUUGAUUCUGAGUGUUGACUGCAGUGGACAUUUCAACAUUGUGUAACUCAGAUGUCCAAAGUCUGGAUCCAUGUGCCUGAGAAGUUUCAGCCCAAGAAUGCACCAUUUUCUAAAUGAGCUAAAUGCCAUUAUAAUCAUAUCAAGCUACUAUGUCAUUUAAUGCCAUUUUCAAUUUGCUAAGCUUCAAUGUGAUGUCAUCAGUUCAAAAGAAAUAAGAGAUCAAGGAUGAGGUCUGGAUUUUUUGUAAUAAAAUGUUUGGAUUCUCCAACAAAUUGAAAGUGUAAUAAAAAUUUAAAUUCUGUUAA